AUGAAAAAAAACAACCGAAUUUUGACUUACCUUAGUCUAAAGUCAAGAACGAAUUGCCAUGACGCUCCAAUCCUAUCGGUUGACAGUGGAGUUGUGUUGAUGGGCAAUGAUCACCCCUGCAAUGUAGUUGGUGAUGGUGUUUUGAAGGUUGUGAAAGGUGCUCUAAUUAUGAUGAAGGCUCAUCAGAUUGGUAGAUUGUAUGUGUUGCAAGGGUCUACCGUUACAGGCACAACUGCUGUAUCUUCCUCCAUGUCAGAUUCAGAUGAAACCAGAUUAUGGCACAUGAGGCUGGGACACAUGAGUGAGAAAGGCCUGACAAUGUUGAGCAAGAGAGGUCUUCUUUCUGGUCAGAGUACAUCCAAGUUGGAUUUCUGUGAUUUCAAUAAGUUCUGCAAAGAUGAAGGCAUUGUUAGAUAUCUUACAGUCAAGAGGUUCUGGAAUUCCAUCUCUAGUUGGGGGUUUAAGUUCGAAGGUUAUCAAAUGUGGUGCGGGUUCAUCUCUCUCGACCAGUUCAGGUUCAAGGGAAGGGUUAUCGAGGGGACCCAGACUUUAGAUCUCUUUCUUCUCUAUUAUAUGGCGGGAGGUUUCUUUCGUAUCAAGAGUGUGUUGGGGAGGCCUGGGAAAGACGGAUUGGAUCGAGAGGCGAUGCCUACUCUACUCGUUACCACUAAACGACGAAGCCAAGAGUGGAAGGAGGGACUUGAACCCUCAACCUCAGCCUUGGAAAGGCUAUGCUCUACCAUUAAGCUAUUUCCGCCAGCUACGGUAGUGGCGAAGCACUACUGA